AUGGUUGCCUUCCUAGCUGGUCUCUUGGCAGCGGCCUCUUUCAUUCUUCCUGCAACUGCUCAAUUGUCCGGCUCAGUUGGUCCCACAACAUCUACAUCUGCAAAGGCAGCCACGAAGAUCUGUAAUAUCUUGGACUAUGGUGGUAAAGCAAGCGCAACCUCUGACAAUGGUGCUGCCAUCCAGGCUGCCUGGGACGCAUGUAAGACCGGCGGUCAGGUUUACAUCCCCGCAGGUGACUACGGUAUGGCUACAUGGGUCACCUUGAAGAACGGAAAGGGUGUUUCGAUCAACAUUGAGGGAACUAUUUACCGUACCGGAACCGCUGGAGGCAACAUGAUCAUGAUUAGGGACAGCAGCGAUCUCGAGGUUUACUCUGCCACUUCGAAGGGCGCCAUGCAGGGAUACGGUUAUGAGUUCCACAAGAGUGGCUCCACCUCCGGCCCUCGUCUCCUGCGUUUCUACAAGUGUACCGACUUCUCGGUGCACGAUAUUGUUCUUGUUGACUCCCCUCUUUUCCACCUGUCCCUCGACACAUGCACGAACGGUGAGCUGUACAACAUGAUCAUCCGCGGUGCCAACCAAGGUGGUCUGGACGGAAUCGAUAUCUGGAGCACCAACAUCUGGGUCCACGACAUCGAGGUCACCAACAAGGAUGAGUGCGUAACCGUGAAGAGCCCUGCCGACCACAUCCUGGUCGAGCAAGUGCAUUGCAACUGGUCUGGCGGUUGCGCUAUGGGGUCCCUUGGUUCAGGCGUCGCUGUUCACGAUAUUGAGUACCGCAACAUAUACACGCACCACGCCAACCAGAUGUACAUGAUCAAGUCCAACGGUGGUGACGGUGAUGUCUACAACGUCGCCUUUAAGAACUUCCAAGGCCAUAGCAAUGCCUACACCCUCGAUUUUGAUACCGCCUGGAGCAGUAUGUCUGCUGUCAGCGGUAACGGUAUCAACUACAACAACAUUAGCUUCAGCGGCUGGAAGGGCACUGCGUCUAACGGUGUGAACCGUGGCCCUAUCAAGAUGAACUGCCCAGCCAAGGUUCCUUGCACGGACAUCACCGUUGAGGACUUCGCCGUUUGGACUGAAUCCGGUAGCUCUGUUCUCUAUGGUUGCCAGAAUGCUUACGGGUCCGGUUUCUGCUUAAACGAAGGCAGCUCCCACACUGCAUACACUACCACCCAGACCGCUACCACCGUGUCUGGAUAUGCCAUUUCCACCAUGGCCGGCGAGCUCAGUUCUGGCCUUGGCCUGACUGCCUCGAUUGCGAUUCCUACCAUGCCCGCAUCUUUCUUCCCUGGAAUACAACCGAUCAGCGCCAUCCUGGGCGGAUCCGGUGGUUCUGCUGCCAAGGUUGUUUCGACCUCGGCCGUUGCCGCCGUCAAGACCACAACAGCCGCAACUUCCUCGAGCACCACAACCAGCGCCGCCAAGUCUUCUACCAAGACAACUGCUAAGACAAGCGUCCUCACUUCGGUUGCAAAGACCACGGCCAAGACAUCUGCAAAGACUACCGCUAAGGCUUCCACGACCCAGAAGGGACGUGGUGCUCAGAAUGUUGCGGCCGCGGCUUCUACGUCAACCGUCUCCGCUCGCGCCAGCUGCCAGAAGCGACGUGCUGCUGCCCAACUCAAGGCCUAA